GUGUCAGCGAUGAUGCCAUCUGAAGUGCGGCUUCUGCUGAUAAGCGUGGGACCAUCUGCUUGGCGCAGCUCAAAUAUUUUCAGCAGUGGGAGAGGAGCUCUGACUUCAGAGACUAGUCUGCAGCCGUCCUUGGAGAUGCUGGGACCGGGGCCCUGGCAGGCUGGCUGGGUGUGAAUGCUACGGGACUCAAAGGAGCUGUCUCCCUGCUGUCACCUCUGACCCUUCCUGAGCGAAGGACACCAGCGAGUCUGUGCUCCGGUGUGCAGUUGUUCAGAUGCUCCUGACAAGUACAGUUAGUGUACACACACACAGAAGAAAGCACCCUUUUCUUUGCAUCUACACACCAAAGAAGGUCCUGCCUGGAAUCAGCUCCUCUGUGGUUGCCUGGGAACCGAAGCAGGAGACGCGUCCAUGAGGAGCAGGGAGGAGGGAACAAGAGUCUGGGAUGCUGCCCAUGCAACUGACUAACGAUGCCACCACCUGUUCCGGUCCUCUCUUGCUCUGUCCCCAACUGAGGUUCCCACCACUGUGUUCUAUACCAAGACCUGAUAGGACAAGCUGUCCUUCUCCUCGGAUGGUCACCGCCAGCCAGAAAAUUACCUGAAGCAGCCCAGCCCAAGGCCUCCUCAUGGACCAGUCAAAUAUGACAUCUUUUGCUGAGGAGCAAGCCGUGAACACCUCCAGCAGGAAUGCCUCCCUGCGGGGCUCACCCCCACCCAUUCCCAUAGCGCACUGGGUCAUUAUGAGCAUUUCCCCUCUGGGCUUUGUGGAGAACGGGAUCCUCCUCUGGUUCCUCUGCUUCCGGAUGAGGAGAAACCCCUUCACUGUGUACAUCACCCACUUGUCCAUUGCUGAUAUCUCGCUCCUGUUCUGUAUUUUCAUUCUGUCCAUCGACUAUGCUUUAGACUAUGAACUCUCUUCUGGCCAUUACUACACAAUCGUCACGUUGUCCGUGACUUUUCUAUUUGGCUACAACACGGGCCUCUAUCUGCUGACAGCCAUCAGUGUGGAGAGGUGCCUGUCGGUCCUCUACCCCAUCUGGUACAGAUGCCACCGCCCGAAGCACCAGUCGGCAUUCGUCUGUGCCCUCCUGUGGGCACUUUCGUGCUUGGUGACCACCAUGGAGUAUGUCAUGUGUAUUGACAGCGGGGAAGAGAGCCACUCCCACAGUGACUGCCGGGCCGUCAUCAUCUUUAUAGCCAUCCUCAGCUUCCUGGUGUUCACGCCGCUCAUGUUGGUGUCCAGCACCCUCUUGGUGGUGAAGAUUCGGAGGAACGCAAGGGCCUCCCACUCUUCGAAGCUGUACAUCGUUAUCAUGGUCACCAUCAUCAUCUUCCUCAUCUUCGCCAUGCCCAUGCGGGUUCUCUACCUAGUAUACUAUGAGUACUGGUCGGCCUUUGGGAACCUGCAUAACAUCUCCCUGCUUUUUUCCACUGUCAACAGCAGCGCCAACCCUUUCAUCUACUUUUUUGUAGGCAGCAGCAAGAAGAAGCGCUUCAGAGAGUCCUUAAAGGUGGUUCUGACACGGGCUUUCAAAGACGAAACGCAGCCCAGACGCCAGGAGGGCAAUGGCAACGCCGUCUCCAUCGAGACCGUGGUCUGAGGACCUAGACGGGAUUGUGAGCAGAAACAGUGGACUGCUUUCCAUUUGUGCUUGGAUUGCAAUUUAAGUCCAUUUAAAUCUCCUAAAUAUGACACAGAAGGGAAGCUUCCCACAUGCACGGGGGUUUAAUUGAUGGUGAGCUUCUAUCUCUGGAAUGCCUCCAUACACGACGGCGCUCUGUCGGUUCCAUUCUUAUCAAAGAUUCAUUCUUCUCUUAGCUGUCUAGUAGUGAUCAGCAAUGAACUACGCUCCAGCAGGAAGUAUCCCAAAGGUGACCUGGAGUACCUGGGGAAGCCACGCAAUGACUGCUGUUCCCCCCUAUGUGACCUUGGGCAAGUGGCUUUGGGCAGCCUUAUUUCCUCCCUCAGUGGGGACAGUGACGGUCCACCCUGUUUAGUAUGAUGAGGUAGGCAAAGCACCUGGUUCAUUGUCAAAAUUCAACAAAUGUCCGUCUCCCCUUAUCCUUGCUCUAAAGCACAAAGUGCUUAUACAAAUAUCACCUUGUGUUUUUAAACACUGAAUGUAGAGUUCCAAAGCUUUUUUUUCUUUUCCUCGUAGCAUGCAAGCUUUUCAUGGUAUAACACCUCUGCUGAAACAUCAACAGUUGUUACGGUCUAGGCAGCCACGUAUUGGGACAUCGUUUCAGUUCUGGGAACAAACAAACAAACAUUUGUUUCCUCCUGGAAGAGUUUCCCAUGGCUUUCCUUGCCUUGGGGAAUAAUACAUGAAAUGAAAGCC